AAUAAAAAUAAAAUGUUUAACAGUAUAAAAACUAAAAUUAAAUUUGUUCCCAGAGGAACGAGAGCUUUCUCGACUCGUCAAAAUCCAGGAAUCAAAAUAACAUUUAAAGGAGCAUUGAUUAACAUCGCAGUUUGUGGGGCUGUAGGAGCCGGAGUAUACUACGCAUUCAAUAAGAAAAGAAGUCAGCAAUUAGCAAUUGUAACUGAAGAAAGAUAUGGUACACCGCAACUGGGAGGGACCUUUAAACUAAUUGACCAAGAUGGCGUAGAAAGAUCGUCUGAAGAAUUUAAGGGCAAAUACGUUUUAAUUUACUUUGGAUUCUGUAAUUGCCCUGAUAUAUGCCCUGAAGAGAUGGAUAAACAGACCCAAGUUGUCAAGACCCUAGAUAAGGAAUUUGGGCCUCUAGUACAACCCAUUUUCGUUUCAGUCGACCCCAAGAGAGAUGUACCAAAAGUUCUCAAAAAAUACAUAAAGGAUUACCACCCUAGGCUCGUGGCACUAACAGGAACACCAGAAAUGAUUAAGGAAGUGACGAGAAAGUUCCGAGUGUAUUAUAAUGAAGGGAUCAAAGCCACAGACCAGGACUACCUUAUUGACCAUUCUAUAAUACAUUAUCUAAUGGAUAAGGAUGGUAAAUUUUUGGAAUUUUACGGCAAAAACACAAACGCGCAGGAGAUGGCCAAAGCAAUAUCUAAUAUAAUUAAAAAGUGAA